UGAACAAGUAGUGGCUGAUCUGUUGACAAGACGCUGAAUCGUUGAUAUCAUUGGUCAAUCCGAAGCCACAUAAGAUCCAUAUGCGUCACCUCGGCCUCCUACUGCCCCGUCCACCAAUGUCCUUUCUUACGAACCAAAACUUCAUAAACAUUAACGCCUGAACAAACGCAAGACGCAACACAAAUACUCAUAGGUCUUAUAUCCAUACUCUCUUCCUGUGUCUUUCUUAUAGAUCUGAGACCUCGUGACCAAGUCUAUAAUUCAAAUAAAGUCAACAAUGAACUCGAGUUCUGCAACCGGAAUGACUAUUAUGAUGCUGUUGGUGUUUUCUUGCUUGACCACACUUUUUGUUGUGGUGCCUCAAGCUGAGGCCGUGUGGUUAACAAUUCCAAGUUCGGGAACUAAGUGUAUCUCCGAGGAAAUCCAAUCAAACGUCGUCGUUUUAGCUGAUUACUAUGUUAUUCCUGGUGAGGGUCAUCACCAUCUUCCUGGUAUUUCUGCCAAGGUAACGUCUCCUUAUGGAAAUAAUCUCCACCAGAAAGAAAAUGUGACACAAGGUCAGUUUGCAUUUACAACUGCGGAAGGUGGGAAUUAUGUGGCGUGCUUCUGGAUGGAUGGUCAUCAUCAAGAAGGUGUAUCUCUCGGCAUUGAAUGGAAAACUGGAAUUUCGGCCAAGGAUUGGGAAUCUGUUGCAAAGAAAGAAAAGAUUGAGGGUGUUGAACUUGAGCUGAUGAAACUUGAGGGAGCAGUGCAAGCUAUCCAUCAGUAUCUAAUUUAUUUGAAGGAUAAGGAAGCAAAUAUGAGGCAAGUUAGUGAAAGAACAAAUGCAAGAGUUGCUUGGUUUAGCAUCAUGUCUCUUGGUGUGUGCAUCAUGGCGGCGGCACUGCAGCUGUGGUACCUGAAGCGCUUCUUUCGGAAGAAGAAGCUCAUAUAGAUAUCUUAACUUUUGUCAUGUUAUUGCUUUGUUAGGAGACUCUCGUCGUCCUUAACACAAACUGUGUUCCUCCAUUUUAGAGAAUCUACCAGGACUAGGAUUUUUCUGGCUCUGUAUAGUGUCAUAACACUGGCAAAUGUUACGGCUGCUCUCGAUGAUGGCUAGCCUGCCGGCUCAACCUGUCAACCAUGCAAAUACCCCUGAAACAAAUAUAUUUGCGAUCAUUGAAUGGCAGAUCUAUAUCAAUUCUAUGUCA